UUGGCGUUUUUGUUUUUGGCGCGGCGACGGCUUGCGCAACUGUACGACGGCCUUGUGACGCGUCGAUGGCGUGCGGCGCUCUGCCGCAGUUAAGCGGCUGCAGUCUGUGCAAGGCGGUGCUGCUGCAAGUGGCUGCACUGCUUGCCAGCGACCCGUGCUUGCGUUCUGCGGUGCGUUCGUCGUGUGCGUGCACGAAUCGAUCAAUGCUGCAGCGCUGAAGUCUCUCUGCGAGCCAGCGUCGGCUUUUUUGCAAAGCUGUCGCUCUCCAAAAAGCUGCAGCUGGCAGCGGCUAUUUGGACCACCUCACGGCGCGGCAGCGCGACGUGACUCCCAACGCGCUGGUGCACGACUAAAGGAGUACCAUAUCUCUCUGCGUACAGCGCACUACGGAGAUCUAUUAUUGCGUGUACGCCGCAAGCAAAGGCUGCGACCACAGCCCUGCACCGGCGGCUCCCGCGCCUUCCGCGGCGCGACGCGGCCUGUUCGCGCCGGACACGGGAGGAUCUUGAUCAAUGACAGCUGCUGCCAAGUUCCGCGAUAAUGUGGUUGCGUUCACGGCAUUGCCGAACUCGGUGCGGCUCGUGCUGCUACUCGUGUUCCUCAACUCCUUCCGUAGUUUUGGCUUACGAUUCGUCCAGCAGCUCUACCUGACGAACGAGUUCGGCCACGACGACCUCGAGGCCGCGAGCGUGCUGGGCACUUCCGCCUCGCUGCACGUCGCUUUUGGACUCAUCGGCGCGGUGCUGACGGACGCCGUAGGGGUACGGCGCGUCGCGCUGACGGCGCUGAGCGUGUCCGUCGUCGGUCGCGGGCUCCUCGCGUUCGGUCGGUCUCGGACGGCGAUCCACGCGGCGUUCUAUCUCUUCUCGCCGGCGGGGGAAGCUUUACUCGCCACGGGCCUCUACCGCGUCGCUCUGAAGAAGCUGACGACGCCCAAGACGCGCGCCUUUGCGUUUGCUGUCGAAUAUGCAACAUUUAAUCUCUCCGGAGCGCUCGCGGACGUCUGCAUCGACGCGUUCCGCCGCCGCGGCGACGCAUUACUCUUCGGCGAGGUCUAUACGCCCACGCGCCAGUUCCUCGUGCUCACCUUCGUCGUCGUCUGCGCGUCGUGGCUCUUGGUCGCGCUCCACCUCCGCGACGAGAGCGUCGUCGAGGCCGACGACGGCAGCCCCGUGGCGUCGGCGCCGCCACCGACGAGCUAUUCCCUGACAGCGUGGCGCGCGUGGCAAACCCGAGAAGCCGCGCGCCAGGCGGCCACUCUCCGCGUCGUCGCGAGCCACGCGGGCGGGCGCCCCUCGGCCAAGUGGAGCGACGUGGCGGCGACGCUGCGCACGCGGGAGAUCUGGCGCGUCGUCGCGAUGUCGCUGGCUGUCUUCGGCGUCGCGAAGCAGUGGACCGAGGUCGCGACCUGUGUGGAAAUCAACCAGUGAGUUAGGUUGCGACCAGACGCGGUUACGUGGGCAUCUCGCGUCGAUGGCGUGGGGCGCCCGAAAUUUGAUUUCCACGCAGGUGGAUCAACUGCUGCCUCCCUUUCUGGAGAGACAAUUCGGCGAGGGCGGGGGCAUCUUCCUCGUGCACAGCGUCGGUAUGUGGGGGUGCUUUCUGUGUGGAAUCAAAUUUUACGGCGCGUUCGCCAUCGACGCGACGCCUGCUCGAUGCGAAAGAAUUAUCGGGUGCACCCGACGCACUGGUUGAUUUCCACACAGGUGCUUCUUGCUGCCACCUAUUGUUGCUGCGUUCACCUCUGAUUCCGAGGCCUUUAGAAUCAUCGUGCCGGGCGUGUGGAUCAUGGCCACGUCUCCGAUUGCGAUGAUCGUCUCGCCGACGGCGCCGGGUGCUGUCGUCUGGGAAGCCUGGCUCACGGCCGGCGAGGUGCUGUGGAGUCCGCGCCAGCAGGCCUGGGCCGUGAGUCUCGCGCCGCCGGGCCGGGAAGGGCUGUUCUUGGCGCUUGCCUCUCUGAAGGACCUCUUCCUCGCCUGGCCGUCCACCGUGCUCGUGGGCUGGCUGAACCGCGAGUUCAAUCCGAACUGUCCAGGUUGCCGGGACGAGCUCGGGCGAUUCUGCGCCGUCGCCGCCGGUGACGCGUGCGUGUCGGCCGCCGGUGGGACCUGCGCGGCGGCGCUGAGUCCUAGCUGCCCGGCGGCCUGUCCGGCGUGUCCAGGGUUUACUGAUACCGCUCCAGACCCGCGUACCGUCUGGCUCGUCGUUUUGGCGCUCUCGCUCACGUCGCCGCUACUCAUCGUGGCCGGCCUGCCGUUCCUCCGCGACGGCGUCCUCUCAUUUGGAAGGGACGCGUGCGGCACGAAUGAUGACGAGGAGCGAAAACCUCUACUAGAGGAACCUAAAGUGUGAGCUGUUGUUACUAGAGGGGACAGC